AUGCCCCUCAUCCUCCUCUCAGGUUACCCGUCCAGUGGCAAAACAUACCGCAGCAAACAGGUAUUGGAGUUCUUCACCCGGAAAAUCUCCGAGGCGGACGACCCGAAGAUCAAGCGGCUCAAACUCCACCAUAUCGACGACCAAGGCCUGGGACUUUCGCGGGACGUAUAUGCUACCGCUCGAGCGGAGAAGGAUGCGCGGGCGACACUGUCGUCGGCCAUCAAGCGUGAGCUGGGAAGGGAUGCGAUAGUUGUUGCUGAUGGCAUGAACUACAUUAAGGGCUUCCGGUAUCAGCUGUACUGCGAGGCAAAGGCUGUGCAGACCCCGAGCUGUGUUGUUCACGUUGGUACGCCGGCAGACAAGUGUCGGGAGCUGAACGAUGCUGCGCUGAGGGAUGGGACUGGUGGCUACGAACCUGAGAUCUUCGACAAUCUGGUCUUCCGGUAUGAAGAGCCUAAUGGCAUGACUCGAUGGGACUCGCCGCUCUUCACAAUAACUUACGAAGAUGCUGAACCACCAUGUGAAGCCAUCUGGGAAGCCAUGGUCGGCUCGGAAGGAAAAGCAAAGGUCGUCCGACCAAACGCCGCAACCGUGCUCAAGCCCGCAUCUGAGCAGAACUACCUCUACGAGCUCGACAAGACGACUUCCGAAAUCAUCUCAGUGAUUACCACAUGGCAGCAAGACCAUCCAGGUGAAGGUGGCGAUGAGAUCACUGUCCCUGCUGCCGAGAAGAAGAUACUGCUGCCGCUGACCGCUCCUUCGCUGCCGCAGCUGCAGAGACUGAGGAGGCAGUUCACUACGCUGAACAGACAACACAGUCUGAGUAAGAGUAGGUUGAGGGAGCUGUUCAUUGACUAUCUGAAUGAUGCCUUCCAAAGCUAG